UAAAAAGUGACGUUUCAAGAAGAUUAAUUCUAAUUUUUAAACAAAAAUAUUUUAUUUUCGUAAAUAAAUCCUAAAUAAAUCAUAUUUCCAUCCUAAUUAUAUUCAAAUAAGAUUCUGACGUGGUCAACCGCUCUUUUAUGUCCCCAUCCAUGCAAUGACAACAUUCGAAGAACGCGACAUCAAUGAUAUCUUCGAUGAUAUUGCUCUGAUUGAAGAAAAACUAUCCAAAAAAAGUUACCAAGAAGGUUUCGAAGACGGUGUUAAAGAAGGUAAUCUAGAAGGCUAUAAGCUAGGUUACGCUCAGGGAGUAAGUUUGGGUGAAGAACUAGGAACAUAUUACGGCACUGUGAUAGCCCACUUACAACUUCCCCAUUCCGAACGCAUUAAGAAAACCUUAGAACAAGUUCGUUCUGCUCUUGAGAAAUUCCCAAAAACUAACGAUCCUGAAGCUGAUAUCAUUGGUGAAAUCGAACAUAUUCGAACUCAGUACAAGAAGCUCAAGGCUAUGUUAAGAUUGCCAACUUCUACUGAAACUGGAACAUCAGUGGAACAACAAAAAGAUUUAUCAUUUUAA